UCAUCACCAUCACCAGCAGGAAAGGCAAACGCAAACGCAAAGACGUCGCUGUCACAGUCAGCCACUGUUGUCAGCAAAGGAAAAGUAUCAAAAUCAGAAUCAGGCACCGGCACAGGAACAGGAAUCGCAGCCCAGCUUAAAACCCAUUUCCCCAGGACCGCCCCGAUGAAUCUGCUGUGCUGCUGUUGUUGCAGUAACAUGGCACCAAACCAGCGCGUCACACGCAAAUGGGAACUGUUUGCCGGACGCAAUAAAUUCUACUGCGAUGGAUUGCUAAUGUCCGCACCGCACACAGGCGUCUUCUACUUGACGUGCAUCCUGAUUACCGGCACCAGUGCGCUCUUCUUUGCCUUCGACUGCCCCUUUCUGGCGGACAGCAUCAAUCCGGCCAUUCCGAUUGUGGGAGCGGUCCUCUACUUCUUCACGAUGAGCUCCUUGCUGCGCACAACCUUCACGGAUCCGGGCGUCAUACCGCGAGCCUCCAACGAUGAGGCCGCCUAUAUCGAAAAGCAAAUUGAGGUGCCAAACUCGCUGAACAGCCCCACAUAUCGACCGCCGCCCAGGACCAAGGAGGUUCUGGUCAAGGGCCAGACGGUCAAGCUGAAAUACUGCUUCACCUGCAAGAUCUUCCGGCCGCCGAGGGCAUCACAUUGCAGCCUUUGCGACAACUGCGUGGACCGCUUCGAUCACCACUGUCCCUGGGUGGGAAACUGCGUGGGCAAGCGGAAUUAUCGGUUCUUUUAUUUGUUUCUAGUCUCAUUGGCAUUUUUAGCUGUAUUUAUAUUUUCGUGCUCUGUGACGCAUUUAGUUUUAUUGAUGAAAACCGAGCUGGAGGUCUUCAAAGUAAUCAAGAAGGCGCCCUUCACUGUGAUUGUUGUGUUCAUUUGCUUCUUCUCGAUAUGGUCGGUGAUCGGCCUAGCCGGCUUCCAUACCUAUCUGACAACAAGCGAUCAGACAACCAACGAGGAUCUCAAGGGAUCCUUCUCCUCGAAAGGCGGUCCGCGCACCCAAAAUCCCUAUUCGCGGGGCAACAUUUGCCUGAACUGUUGCCACAUCCUGUGCGGACCCAUGACGCCCUCGCUGAUCGAUAGACGCGGCGUCGCCACCGACGAGUUCAUCCAGCAGAUGCAGCACCAAUCGAGUCCGCGGCACGCACUCAGCGAUGUGCUGAGUGCCUCGCACAUGGUCACCACCUCGCAGCCCAUGAUGGGCAUGGGCGGCGGGGGGAGUGGGAUCGGUGGUGCCGGCGGUGGCAUCAGCAUUGGCGGGGCGGAGCUGAAGCCCCGCUUCUACGACGAGUCCAAUCCCUCCUCCUCGACACUGGAGGGCAACGGAGGUGCCAUCAAUGGCCACGGGAAUGGCCAUGGCCAUGGCAACGCCAACGGCACCGGCUUCGAUCAUCCGCCGCCCAGCUACGAUCUGGUCCAGAACGGUAAGUCCCGCAAGCAGCACCAGCAGCGCUGCUCCCUGCAAACCCUGCUGCCCGCCAGUGCCCAGCAGCAGUUCAAGGCCAGCAAGCACAAGCACAAGCAGCUCAAGCAGCACCUGGUGGCCUCCGCCGAGUUGCAGCAACCGGAGGGCAUACCCAACUCCCCCUCGCUUCUCCGCUCGCCGGCCACCUCCUCCUCGUACCGGCUGAACCUUAGGCGGUCGCUGCACCUGCCGCUGACACCGUCGUACGACGACGUCCGCCACUCGCCGCUGCCGCUGCUGCACCACCACGUCCAUGCCCAGCAGACCACCGCCAUUGGCAGCGUGGCAGCAGCGGCGGCGGCGGUGGCCUCCGGCGCCAGCGGUACGGGAACCGGAUUGGGUACCGGAAUGGGCACCGGAACAGGUACUGGUGGUUCCUCUUCCUCCACCGCCACGGCACCCACUUCGGUGUCCGUGUCCCUGGCCACGGCUCCACCGCCGCUGGCGCCGCGACGACCGUCGACGCUGCAGCUGCAGGCCAGCGCAGGGAUCUCGGCAAGCAAUAGUACGCUGACCACCAUACACACCACGGCGCCACAGCCGCCGGCGCCCACGGACUACAAGUACUACUCGCCCCAGCGCAGCACCGACUCCAAUCUGAUGCGGAACUAUCCGUUUCCCAAGGCGGCGCGUGGCAUGCGUCGCCAAUCCACGAUGUCGGUGGACUCGCAGAAAGUAAAUAUUGCCGGCUAUCAGCCGCUGCCCAUGAGGAAACCCUACAAACACCAGGAGGUGAUGUUCGAACUGAAGUCGCCGACCAAUCGACUGACCAUCCGCGAAUGUGACUUUGGCGGUGGCGGUGAACCCUGCGACGACGAUCAGUCGAUCAAGGACAGCCAGAUCUUUCGUGUUAGUAAACGAAAUCUUUAUAUGAAUCACCGGUCGCCGUGGAAAGAGCGCGACCGCUACUCCAAUCUCUACGAGUACUCGUUCAACAUCGAUCUCAACUCGAUCAUCGAGGAUGCGGCGGGCAGUGACUCGUCAUAGUACGCAGCAGCAGUCCGCUGCUCCUGCUCCUGCUCCGAGGCCCAUCUGUUCCAUCUGUUCCGAUCCGUUGUCCGGCUCGGUAGGAUGGUGAUUCGCCUCCUAGUCGUCCAUCGACUACUCCUCCUCGUUCGGUUGUUAAGCGCUGUACAUAAGGCCGGGCUCCUUCGGUCACCCCGAUUCCUAAUGCUUCCACGCUUUUGCUAAGGUGGCCAAAUCGGGUCCAGAUUCCGGAAUUAGCCCAAUUAUAUAGUAGAGGCUUCUCGUAGGCAGCUAUCCGAAUAUAAUUUAAUUAAAACUUCAUUUAGGAUCUAUUAUAUAAUAAGGGCUUAAGUAGGUUUUGUAGCCUUUUUUGAGUAGUUUUUAUUGAAUUUAAAACAAGGCUGCAAACUGUUUUUAACCGAACCGCUUUAAAAGGUUCGGGUAUUUGUAUAUUUGGACUGCAAUUCAUUUCAAGGUACAAAAUUAUAAGUAGCAACAUAAAUAUUAGACCCCUUCUAUAGCCCACAAAUUUGAACACAAUAAUAUUUUGAAUUAUAAAAUGAAUUUACUUUUGUUGGUUAAAAACAGCUUACAUUUUUGUGUGAACAAUUUAGCAGAGCAAGUUUGAACUACUUUUGAUUUGCAAAGUAAAUAUUUUCCCCAACUGAAUGUUCGAGCCAACGCAGCGAAUAAAUUUAAAAGUUUGCAGCCUUGAUUUCAACUUUGAGGGAAUCUAUCACAGUCUGAUUGUGGCACAUUUUGUGAGACUCACUUGGCUUCCACGCGCUGCAACUGUAUAACUGCUACCCUUUUGCAGCCUGAAUUCCGAAUUUGUGUUUUUGUGCACCCUUUGUAGAAGUCGAACUUGUAUGAUUUUGUGUUUAAUGUAUGAAUCCCUUGCCCUGCCAACCGCUGUAGUAGACUCCCCCGUGUUUUCACCCCCCACUCGAAAAAACUUGGUUCAUAGAAACUUUUGCGUUUAUUUAGCACCUGCUUCCCAGGCUAUGGUGAGUCGGAUCUCCUCUGAUGCAAAUGCGAUUGCAAUAGAGGGGCUUCGGCGCCAGGGGCCGCAAUGCCACCCAUGUAUAUGUAUCCACCUUGGUCUACGUCCCAGCGCCGCCACCUCCAAUAGUGAAGACACAAACUAACCAACUAACCAACCAAGCAAACCUACUAACCAAAAUACCAAAAAACCAUAAAACCAGUAAACCAACAUCCCAAACCAAGCAUGUUUGACUUUGUUCGCCUAGUAAAAUGCUUAAGUUUUUGAUUUCUGUUGGGAACCUCGUGAGAUUCCCACGCGGCUGAAUGUCCUGUAAAUGAUCGCAGUCACUUGGGCCUUAAGUUACAUUUUUCAAUAAUUUGGAAGGUUUCAACCGAAAAAACGUAGAAACGAAAGAAAACUUUAACUUGCAAUUAGAAAAUGGGAAAUUAGCAAAACACUUAAUGAGCCAAAAUAACUGCCAUUUAUCGAAGCAACAUUUUGUUAGGACUUUUUUCAUUUUUACAAUGAAAAUUAAAAUUAAAUGUAAACGUAAACGUAAACUAAAAAAAUGGAAUUCAACAAGAAUUUGAUAAACUAUGUAUCAGUGUUAAGGGAGUCAUUUUAAAACUACUAGUCGAAUACAAAAAAAAAUGUUGCAAAACGGAUUGAAUAUCAAAUAUCGAAUAUGUCUUAAUCUUGAAUAUUGGAACAUUGCCAAGUGACUGCUGCAAAUAAUUAGCAUUAAACAGAAUACCGAAACAAUGCGUUGAAAUUGAAAAAAAAUUUAAUGAAAAUUGAAAUUGAUAAUAUUUAUACCUAGUUGUAAUAGUUACAAAACAUUUCUCGGGCAGGAGAUUUUGCUGGACUUUUGGGGAGGUGAAAAUCGAAAAGCGCAUUAGGUGUAUAAGCCAGCUUGAACAAAUAAUUGUGGCUCACAUGCCGCCUCCAAGGCUUUAAAUCUUGAGCAUUAACAAUAUUAUGGGUUCCUUUUAUAAUUAAUUGCAAGUUUAAUGCGCAUUAGCGAGGUAAUUGAAAUUGUAGGUAGUUAUAUAUAUUAUAUAUAUAUAUUUUUCAUGCUGAGUCACAGCGUGAAAGCGAGUGUUAACUGAUGAAAAAGUAAAUUUAUAUACUUAUAUAUACACAAUAUGUAUGGUUAAAUGUUGGGCAAUAAAGUGUAUCUAGCGUAUAUUUAAAAUCGAUCCAAAUGAAAUGUUGGCGGAUCGUAAUGCAGAUCUAUAACUACAUAUAAGUACUAAUCCCGAUGUUGAAGCGUAUCGCAAACUUUCAGGAAGAGCGUGAGACCUACUCACGAUCCCGAUCGAUUAUUGGAAUUAUAUAAACUAUAUAUCCCCCGAAUCACCCACACACAUAUAGACACGAACCGGAGGCUUGGGCUUGAAGCUUUCGAUUUUUAGUUUCCGUUCGCGUCUCGUCUCCUCUACAUUUUCCAUUAUAUUAUAUAUUUAGGUUACCUGAUUUUGGUUUUGACUGGCUAAGCGCGCACACCACCACCAAAAGCUAUAACCUUCUUCUUGAUUUAUCGCACACUAAUGUCAAACUCUUUCUGUAUCUUUCAACUUGACUCUGGGAACUAACAAACAAUACUUACAAAUUUGUGUCUGUAACUAUUUUGUGAAACUUACCAAACCGUAAAAACCAAAACAAAAACUGCAAUUGAGCGAAAGUUGUCGAGGGCCGCUUAAGACUAGAGUAAAAAUGCAUUUUAAGCCUUAAUUGGGUGAGUUCUCUCCUAUUGCAAAAACAUUUAAUUGUUGUAUGUACCAAAAUAACCGAAAACUGAAAAUUUAACCAAAGCUUUAGAGUUUCGUUUGAAAUUAGCUACACCAUCGCAUACAUGUACCCAUAUGUUUGAGUUGAUUUUCCUGUUGCUUAACCACCUGCCAGCGCGAAAUAGCUGAACUAUAAUAUUCGUUUGGUGUUCUAUUAAGUUGCUCAUGCCGAUUCGUAUCCAUCAAAUAGAACUAAUGGCAUAACCAUCAUCCCACAAAAAAACACACAAAAAAAACAUCCCAAUCAACACAGCCCAAAAAUCAAAGUUUGAUAUGGUAUUUAGCGAUAAUUUAUUGGCAAGCUCCAGUUGUAUACACCUACUAAUUGUACUCACAACAUUUUGAAAGCAUGCUUUAAAAUGUUCAAUUGGCACCGACUUACCCACUAAACCCAUUAUGCAUUAAUUAGCGCUUAGUUUCGCUCUUUAUUUGCGCAUAAUCUCGUCCAUUUAUCAGUUUAAUAUUCAGUUAUCAUUGUUUAUUGGUUGAAGAGCUUAUCACCUGAUGAGUUUCGAAUUAUGUUUGAUUUCUACCAGUUCUGAGCCAGUUCCUCCGGAGGGAGGAAUUCAAUUACACGUGUAUUUGUACGUUUUAAGUGACAAACCCCAUUUAAUUAAAUUGCGAUUUUAAUUUGCCGCCUUUUCAGCGUUUAUGAUUAUUUGCAUAUUCAAAUUGUUUUAUUUUCCCACAGCUAAAACCAAACCGAAUCAAAACAAACCAUCAUCGACCACUAGCAAAAGAGCAAUAAAACCACACUCUAGAUAAAAAUGCUCCAAAUUGAAAUUCGAAUUUUAAAUUAGUUGGCAAAUUUGUUGUAAUGAGUAAUUAAAUAUUUUACAUGCAUUAAUUAAGCAUACAAAAGAGGCGAAUUAAAUACCAUAUACUAAUCAGGGUCUUUUGUUACGCCCUCUCCCCUCUUUUUUUUCUUCCCUCUUUUCCGUUUCAU